AUGACAACGAAAGAAAUCGACUUUACGCCAUGCGGCAUCAGCCGCAAGACGACGACAGACUUUAUCGAUCAUCGUAUGCCGGCGCAGCAUCCGGCUUUUGACCAGCCGCCGCUCAGUUUCGACCCGGCUUCCGGAAAGUAUAUCCCGAACAACCAAGCUCUAGUACUAGCAUCCAAUAAUUUGUCGCUUGAUUCUGGCUUACAGGUGGCAAUUCCCAUUCCCACUAUCUCGACCAUGUCCGUUGCUCUUCCACAAGGUGAGCCGGGGUUUCUAGGCCGCCAGGGUGAGCAGCUCGUUCCCAGAGAAGCAAUCACGAAUAUACAUUCUAUGAAAUUCUGGAGCACGAUUUUGCCUGACGCCCUUAGCCUGCUCUGUGGAAGUAGCGAUGAACCGAAAGGAUUGUCUGAUGCGGGCUUCAGCAUCCGGGGGAAACAAGGGUGGCAGGAUAUUCAUGACACUCUCGAAGCGGCCAAGAAUAAAUAUCAGGAUGUGAAAGGACCUCUGGGACAAAUGUCGAGGAUACGACGCAAGCUUGCUGACAAGUCCGCCCCUGUAUCCGACUUGAUCAAAGUUGUUGACACUCUAGUUCCGGAUAGCACCUACGCCACGCCAAUCGUAGGCACAGUGAAGGUCAUCGUCAAUGCUACAAACAAAUCGGCUCAAGUUAGGGGGGAGGCUCUUCAUUCUUUCGAUGACAUUUUGGACGUUUUCUCGCCAGUUGAACUUUUCCUGAGUCUUUUCCCAGGCGAUCAAAACAUAAUAGAGGCGUCUACAGAUCUAACCAUCAUAAUCCUCAAAGCAGUCGAGCAAGCGAUUGUGUUUUUCCUCAGUAAUUCUGUCAAGAGAGGCCUUAAGGCGCUCUUCGGCGGUGAUGAUUACGGGAAGGAUCUUCGGGACAGCGUCAACACGAUCGAGAGCAAAAGCAAUAGUCUCAUGGAUGAGGCUUCCAAGUCAUACAUGUUCCAGCAGGAUAUGCGAUGGAAACAGACACAGUCUUUUCACAAUUACGCGGUGGAAAAGCUAGGGUUUAUGGCCUCCGGACUGAGUUCAAUGAACGACUUGUUUACAAUCCACAUCGAGAGAAAAGAUCGCGAGCUCGAGGCUUCUAGGCAAGCCCUCGAGGCUUCUCGGCACGAGACCUUGUAUUACAAAGAAAUUGCAUUGCGCACACCAUCGCCACUUCCGGGAACUCCGUGGCCUGUACCACUCCAGGCCCAGCUUCCUGAUCAGAAUACCUUGCGCCACAUGAUUAGCUCCAUGGACGUCGACCUUCGGGACAUCUCACUCGUCAACGACAGAAAAGAAGAAAUGUCUCACAAACAAAGAGCACGAGCAGAGCAGAUUGUAUCCUCAACGCUGUUUGAGCAAUGGGCCGUGUCCACAGCUUCAGCAAAGUUACUUGUCGAGUGGGACAACCCUCGAGCCGAUUCUAUUGCUGGGAUAUCGCCCCUGACUGUGUUCUGCACAACCAUGGCGCAGGCCUUACGAGCCAGGCCCCGAUUCAUCUCGGCACUUUGGUUCUGCGGACGUCACUUUGACCGGAGCGACGCGGGCGGCUGCAUCGGUGAGCGCGCCAUGCUGGCGAGUCUCAUUGAUCAAAUUCUGCGGCAACACGUAUUUCAUCCGUGGGAUCCACAGACUGAGAUCAAUCUUGAUCUCCUGCAAGGUUCCCACCAGUCCAUCGAUGAGCUACUAAAACUACUCAUCUGGCUUGUUCGGCGCAUUCCCCAGACCCUGACUGUGUUCUUCAUAAUUGACGGCGUGUAUUUGUUCGAGCGCGACGAGUUCUGGUCGGACGCUCGACGAGUAUUUCUCGGUAUCCUGCGCCUAGUCAAAGAUGUCCCUGCCACAGUCAAAGUGCUUUUCACGAGUGCUCCCGGCACAACCAUUGUACGUGGCGGGUUUGAGCAAGAGGGGCUGAUCUUGAGUGUGGAUGAACUGCCAAACAUGGCCUGGGCGCCCAGCGACGAGCGGAUGAUCAGGGAGAUGGGCAUUUGA